AAACGGACGAGUCCAUGACCCUAAGCGAACUGCUCCCCAAAAUCGGCCCUGGAAGACCAGAGCCCCAACUCUCAGAAUCCAACGACUCGAUCGAUUCGGUCGAUAGUCUCGGUAGCAGCGCCAUGAUUUCGUCGGACGAUCCAACUGGGAUUCGAGAUGUCGUGCUUGGUGCCCAGGCUCCUCACCCACGACGAGAAAUCCAAGAUUUGCUGGAGCACCUUCAUCAGAUGGGCAUCACGGAAACCCGACAGCAGCUUACGCAGCAGAUCGAGGCAGCUUGUUCGGCGCCAAUUACUUCAAGUCCCGACAAGAGCAAAGCUGUGGAUCAGAUUCGGUCCAAAAUGACUGCCAAGCGGAAUGAGUAUAGCUCGUUUGUCUCGAAGCAGCAGAGUUUGACUCAGAUGAGCCUUGACACCGCUAUCAAGAAGCUGCGCGAGCUUGAUCUCCGCGAACAAGAAGCAGCAGCAAAGCUCAGGGCUGAAGAAGAGGCUCGGAAAAAGAAAGAGGAGGCGGAAAGACAAGCUCUGGAGGAGGCCAAACGAAAGGAGCAAGAGGAACUGACGAGAAAGAAGGAAGCCGAGCAGGCUGCCGCCGAAGCGAAAGCCAAGGAGAAGGAACUACAGGAGCGGCAGAAGGCGGAGGCAGCGGCCAAAGCUGUAGCAGAGGCAAAGCAAAAGGCCGACGCUGAGCAAGCCAAGAUGGCCGGACCGAUUGUUCCUGCCCAAGGCCCUCACUCAGAGUCCAGUGUGAUUGCCACUGUGACGGCUUGGAAAAUGGCAUCGGCCUGCCUACAAAGGACCGAGCAUGUCAAGAAAGUGGCCAAGCCAGCGACAUUUGCUGACGCCCAGGCCAAGAACAAGAUCUUUAUGGUGCGCAUGAUGGUGACUCGAUCCGUCGGCCAGGUCACGAACUCGAGAGCUAAGGUCAACGAAGUGAGCAAAACCAUCGACAGAGCGUUCACAGAGGCCAGGGCAAUCAACAUCAAUGCUCUCGAGUAUAUUCUCGAUUUCACCGCCAAGCAGUUUGUGCUACAAGCCGAAAAAGAAGUUGCAGUCAAGCACUCGAUGGCCUUUCCAAUUGCCCGCGUGUGUCUCUUGCUGUGCAAGGAACAUCCGGAAUUCGUGGAGCUGCUAAUGGGGCGGCUCAUUAAGCGGUGCUCAUAUGUCGUGCCGAUGUACUACCCCAAGCUUGCGAGCGAGUCCAGCACCGACUGGCAAAAAAGGGCAGGCUUCCGUCCCACGGGGGAUGGAGAAACCCUCGAAACCGAAAUCCAGUACGGAGAGCGCAUGAACGGGAUCCUGGCGUUCUACCUCGCUUUGGUUCAGUUGACCGAUGUGCCGAAUCCGUUUGGCGUUGGCUAUCUCUGGACAUGGCUCGCCCGAAUCCUGAACCUCAAGCCACGCCGACUCACUCCGACGUUCCUACAGACAUUCUUGGAGAUUGGCGGGUAUGCCUUUAUGGCAGAAUACCAGUCCCAGGCCAACAAAAUCAUGCGGUAUAUGAUCGAGGUAUACAUUCCCCAAAUCCCGGCCCAGGCCGUGGCGGCCACAACCCGCCUCAACAUCACCCUGGAGGACUGCGCCAAGAGAGGCUCCGUGGCCAAACCAGAGGGCAGCACCAUGGAUCCAUAAAUGCCCCGACGGACUUGGUUGGAUAUAUCGAUCGGCCAUGGCCAGAGUCGCCUGCGAACUCCUGUCAAUAUAGCCACCCAUUCCAUUGCCCGUGAUGCCCCGAAGACGCGUGAGAUUGCCUCGGAGUGCCGCCUCUAUGCGGCACGGACAGAGUCCCAAACGACCCCCAAAACGCAGUCAGUUGCUCGAUGGGUCGCCAGGCGAAGGCGCAGACACCAACACACGCAGAA